CUGGUCUUGCAACGCAACUUUCUUUUUCUGGGACGCUGAGCGUCGUUAGCUUUCCUAACUUUCACCUCCCCAAGUAAGGGAACACAAUACCACCCUCAACUCCUCACACUACCGCCCGAAAGUUCCAGUAAAUUCUACUAGCCAGAAUGGAAAAUAAACGACCUUUAUCGCCCGAAGUCCCGGACGAGGAUUUACAACAGCUUUAUGAUCAGGUUUGGGCAGGAUUUGGGUCGGAGGAUACGCAGAGCAUAGAAAGUGCCAGCUCUUACACCCCUUCAACUGCCUCUGUACUCAGUCCCAGAGACGGUGUAAGGCGGCAGGACACUUCAGAGCAGGACAGAGAGGAUAUCGGGCGAAUUUACAGCGUUUACGCUACAGAUAAUCUACCCGACGUCGUCUACAAUUAUGGAUCUCCAUCAACAACUGGCGGUUCCAACAUCUACCAACAUCAACAGGAUACCGAUAACUAUUCUGGUUACAUCUCUUCCCCAAUAUCACCAGUCUCAACUGCGGCAGCAACUUACGCCAGGAGCGCCAGGAGUGCUAGUAUCCGAAGUAAUGGCCGGGAACGUAGCGGGAGCGGGAGCGCGCGGAGAUUACCUCUACCUCCAACUCCGGCGAAUGGUUGGAAUGCACCCACCCAAAUGACAACUGCGAAAGAGUAUCAACGUCAAGGACAUGUGAGCUCAAUGAGCACCAGCUCCAUCAGCUCUGUUGCUUCUUCUCGGAAACUCCCAGCUACCCCUACAUCUGCUCCUGUAGUGACGCUAGGCGGGAAGGAUUUGUACCGUCUGGGUGUCGGACUUCCCACUAGUCCUCGGCCGAGUAAGAGUCCUUCACCCACUCGAGGAAGAGGGGGAGUAGAUUCAGGUCUAUCUUUGGCUGCGGAUUAUUUGCAGCCCGAGGCAAACCUGCAACCUCGAAGGAACCGCUCAAGAUCCCCUUAUCAAACCAAUCGCAGUAUGCAGGUUGUUAGCGGUAGUAGCGCGAAUACAUCGCCUGCGCUCGUCGCUGCUCCACUCCCUCCCUCCCAAUCACCCAGGUCUUAUUUCGACGAAAAGAGCCGCAAAGACCCCGGUUUGAGCAUGAACAGAUGGAACUCUACUACGUCGUCCAUCGUCAAUGGUGUCAAUGCCCAAGGUCUACGGAUUCCUCCUCCGCCUCCAUUACUUUCCUUCCAGCGACCUUCCCAGCUAACACAACCUCAAUACUCAAUGCCAGAGCCCGAUCUAUACGCAGACCCCAAUGCAGGUCCUUCGAAUAUUGUUCGUAGACCGACAGAUAUGCUGAGAGAACUCAAAGACGGCGCCAAGUACGACCGCUACCAUCCUGAAGAAAGACAUGAUCAGUUAGGCGUUGAUGCGGAUGAGGCAAGCUAUGACUGGGAUGAGGACUAUGAGCUUCAGCAACAGCGUUUCGCCGCAGAUGCGCCUCGGUCAUAUCAAUCCUAUUCCUCCUCUCAAUCACAACCCCAAGGCUCUUCAUCUCGGCGUAAUCGCAAGCCGAAAAAUCGCCGAGACUGGACGUACGAAUAUUCUGAAGGGAAUGACAAUGAAUAUUCUUCAGACGAGUUCAUCAACUACAGUCUAUUGUCUCACUUGGCUGUCCAGUUGAGGGAUAAAGUCCCGAGAGGCGUUCAUGUGAAAGCGAGCAUACCGUACGAGGGAGCGUUUACAGGAAAGGAUAUCGUGGAUACAGUGCAGUCGCUCAUUCGGAAGCAUCUUUUGUUGAAUCACUCACUGAGCCUCACCAACUCGACGUUGUAUCCUGCCUCGUCUUCGUCCAGUCUGUCUGUAGAUAGGAGAGCAGCGUUACAUGUUGCUCGAUCCCUCCAAUGCCAGCUAUUGUUCUAUGAAGUCGACGGAGGAGGGAGAGAAUUGUGCGAUGGUGUGGAAGAGGUGUAUAUAUUCUUUUCAGAGGAUAACAUAUCCUCUUCUCCGUCUGGAUCUGGAUUUGGAUUUGGAACGAUGCCCCCAAGAAUGACGAGUGGUCACAGCACAGUUUUGCCAUUGCCUACCGCAGUUGUGACAAUGCUGACGAGAUGUUAUGUCCCGACGUGUGUGGAUGAUAAACCCUGUUAUGCUUGGGAUUGUCCGAAAAGGGGAUUGUCGAUACAGAGGAUGCUCUCCUCGUCCUCUUCCAACAUCGUACCCGUCGUCGUGAACAUUCCUAUUAUAUCUUCUUACCCAUAUCUUGAAGAAGAGAGAAAACCUUGGAAAGAAACUGUCCCAGAGGAAGUGUUCAGUAGGAUUCCAGAAGGGGAAGUCAAGAGACAAGUGGCCAUUCAUGAUCUUAUAACGAAGGAAACAGAUUAUUUAGCGGAUUUGAUCGUGCUCGAGACACAGUUUAUGCUUCCGUUGUCGGAAUGGGUGGUCAGUAUUUCUGGCUCGCAAAAUUCGGAGAAUGGGCUUGUUGCAACCACUACUUCCUCCCACUCACCUCCACCCACACCCUCUGGUUCUACUGCUGCCUUUGUCUCUCCCCUUCCGAUGCGAAACUCAUCGUCAUCGUUCUCUUCGUCGUCGUCAAAGUCAUCCCCUUUACUUGCUUUCUCUCCUGCCCUGCAAACCCUGUUUCCUCUUCUCCAAGCACUCAUCACAGCCCAAACACGUCUUCUUGACAAUCUUCGCGUCCGAGCUCGAGAGUCACAGUACGGUAUUAUUGAAGGUAUCGGAGACCUGUAUCUUGAGCGGGCAGCCUCUUCAGAAUGGCGUGCGGGAUGGGGUGGUGGGUGGGUCCAGGGUAGAGGAUUUGUCAGUACCGCUGAUAGGGCAAAGGAAGGUUGGACUGGUGGCAGAGGAUAUGAUGAAUGGGUCGGCGUGUGGGCUACGUGCGGAUUGGGUGGGUUAGGAAUAUUCAGUCCCGCUAUUUCCACGACAACGGAUGAAUAUGGAAAUGAAGAUUGGAAAAAGAUUAUUGUUGAACAGGAGAUGCAAAGGCAGCAAAAACAGCGGGAGUCAAAUCUGACUGCUGCUGAGGACGAAUCGACAGGCGAAGUUGGAACAGAAACAGGAGGAAUUAAGGAACCUCGGGAACCUAGGGGGUACCCACUCCCUGAUAUUGAUUUGAAGAAGUUCACCGAGCUCCUUGCGCUCCCAGCAGCACAUCUAAAAUCAUAUCCUUCUCUUCUUUCUACGAUCCUUGCAGAAUCCUCGAGAUCGGCCGAUCCCGUAUCUUCUCCAUCAUCGUUAAUUGACACUGCGGCGAAUUCGACUAGCCCAGCUGCAUUGAAAACGAAUAAGAAGAAAGCAGGAAAGGAGAAGGAAGAAAAUUCGGAUGCGUCGUAUCUGAGGGAAGCCAUUCGGGCCAUGAGAGCGUUAUGGGGGUAUGGGAAGGUGAAAACAUUCCAGCUGAGCAUGAACGUCGGUGCGAGUGGCGGAGACGAUAAUAAAGGAAGUAUGGGGGUCAUGGGUGAGGCUGCGAUCAAGUGGGAAUGGUUCAAUCUGGUAUCGGAGGAAGAGAGGAAGGAAAUUGGGAAAACGGAAGUGAAGAGACAAGCGAUUAUAUUCGAAUUGAUCAAGGGAGAGAUGGGAUAUGUGAAGGAUUUGGAGAAUGUGGAGCAUAUGUAUAUCACCCCUCUUGUAAACUCUUCAACUUCAAACACGCCUAUCAUUCCUGCAGCCCGGCUGUCACAAUUCCUAUCCUCCGUCUUCAAUAACAUCCAGUCUCUCCACGUUCACCACCUUACCCUUCUCCAAGCCCUCUUCCGUAUUCAGUAUGACGAACACCCCACUAUCCGUUCCGUAUCUGCUCCCAUCCUCGAUGCAGCCCUCAAUUGGCGCGAAGCCUACAUGGAAUACAUUCCGAACUACCCCAUCGCUGCAUAUACUAUAGACUCCGAGAUGCGCACGAACCCGGCGUUCAAGGACUUUGUCCAGCGAUGUACAAGGCAUCCAGAUGCCCAUCGACUGGAUAUGAAGAACUUCAUCAACAGACCGAUUCCAAGAUUGUUGAGGUACGAGCUUUUGCUCAAGGGCAUUUUAGAAGAGACGCCCGUGGGUCCGAUUGCUGCAUCUAAUCGUCAAGGAGGUAGCUCGACCUCCUCUCGUGGUGCAAAUGCCGAGCAUGAAGAUCAUUCUUCAAUUCCGCAGGUCCUUGAUGUAAUUCGCCGAUUAGGGAAGGAUACGGAACCUGGAGUGGUGAAUGCGAAGAGUAAAGUUGAGCUGUGGAAGUAUAAUGAGGGUUUGGUGUUCAAGCAAGGCGAAUGGAUUGAUAUGGAUUUGUUAGCUGAAAGUCGGAGUUUGAUUCAUUCGGGGAAGCUUUUGAGGCAAACGGACGGAUUAGAAUGGAGUGGAUGGACGGAGUUGUAUGUUUUGCUCUUCGACAAUUACAUGGUUUUGACGAAGCUCAAGGAGCGCGAAGAUGUGACGAAAUAUCACGUCAACCGCAGACCCAUCCCUUUGGAUCUCUUAACUAUUGAUAGUCUUACCGAACCUCCUGUUCAGAGAGGGACGGGGCCGGGCCUUCUACGAGGCUUACGAUCACAAGGCACUAUCGGACAGGGACUGGAAGCCUCUUCUCCAAACGAACUGCUCGCCUCGCCCGAAGGCAGCACACCUAUCGAAACCUCUUCUUCUGAAAUGUCUCCCUCACCUUCAUCUCGCCUUCUGUAUCCGAUCACCUUACACCAUCUCGGUCGCCAAUCCGUAUCUCCGACCACUUCUUCGCUUAUCCCACCUCUCCCUGCUGGCCCUAGUUCAUCCAGGACCGCCCAACAAGCUAAACCUCCGCCGAAUGUUAUACUAUACACUGAAUCCGCCACAGCACGAGCAGAGUGGGGCGCAAAGUUACAGGAAGCGUUAGGUAUUCGGAGGGUUGUGCAGGAAAGCAACAAGGUAUUUGAGAUAGAGACGCUGAGCAGCGAGACGUUUGUGACUCCCGCAGGAUUAGACGCACCUGGUGUGGGGAGUGCCGGAGUUCUCGGAAUAGGCUACAGUCCAGACACCGUCACAGGAAAGGUUACAUGUUCAGUUCCAUUUAACACUGCGGACGGAAGAGGUCUUGUGGCCGUAGGAUGUGCUGAGGGUGUUUGGAUCGGAUUCAGGCAUGACCCCAAGUCUAUGCGCCGAGUUCUACAUCUUAAACUUGUUGCCCAAUGUGCCAUGUUGGAAGACUACGGUAUUUUUUUGGUACUUGCAGACAAGUCCCUGUUUGCAUACCACAUAGAAGCGCUUGUUCCUUCAUCAUUCCAGUCUGCCAGCACCUCCCAAGUGCCGCAAAAGCUUAACGGGAGCAAGGACGUGCAUUUCUUCACUGUAGGAACGUUGCACGGAAGAACACUAGUCGUAUAUAUGAAGAAGAAAGGACUUGACAGCAUCUUCCGUGUACUCGAGCCUGUCAGUGAAAAAAUCAAGGAGCGAGCAAAACCUCCCUCUGGGUUUGGCUCGAGACUGUUUGUUCGGUCUGCUAAGUCUGAAUGGUUUAAGAUCUACAGGGACUUCUUCUUGCCGUCAGAGUCGUACGACGUCAUCUUCCUUAAGGCCAGAAUUGCAAUAUUAUGCUCUAGAGGUUUCGAGAUUAUGGAUCUGAAUGAUUUCAAAAGUGUGACCAUUCCACAACAUGAUGAUCCUCGAUUGGCUUACCUUGCCAAACGUUGCGAAUCAUGUCGUCCUAUAGGAAUGUUCAAGUCUGCAGAAGAUGAAUUUCUAUUGUGCUACAAUGAAUUUGGUGUAUACGUUGAUAAGCACGGAGACCCAAAUCGCCCUUCGGGAACCAUUGAGUGGGAAGGGACCGCAGAAAGAGUUGCUGUGCAUGCACCCUACGUUCUUCUCUUCGACUCCCGCUUCAUCGAAAUACGACACCUUGAAACUGGACGUCUAACUCAGAUUAUCCCCGGCAAUGAUAUUCGCUGUAUCUGGGAUGGUCGGGGUGUGAGCCCGCUUGCCCCUAUGUCGCCGUCUGCACACAAUCUAUCCUUCCCAGUUCUCGAUCGGCCAGAUGAGCCGCUCAACCAAGAUGCACUAGUUCAUGCUGUGAUGAACGCGCCCGACGUAGUAGGCGGAGGAUCCAGAGGACGAUUUGUUGUUCAACAAGUGUUCGAGCUUCUUCCGACAGUUCCCCUCUUCCUUCCUGACUCAGCACCAGAUGGUAGCUCUGUCGUCGGGAGUUAUUCAAAUUCUGGUUCUGGCUCCGGUUCCGGUUCUGGUUCUGGAGCGCCUGGCUUGCGAUUGUCUGUGGGACAGUCCUCAAAUAUUACCCCACCGCUACCUUACUCUCCUCAACAGCUUAGAAAUUCGCCGUCGUGGAGGUCGUAGUGUCUGUAAAAGAACAACUAUUGAUACUUGUUAAUAUGCUGUGAAAUUUUGUAUACCAGAGACUGAUACCAUGUAGAAACGCAAUAAUUGCAUGUAAAACGGGUAUGUAGGGGAUUCGUGCGGGAAUGUUCAGUAAACAUGUCCGAGUAUAUUCGGACCAGUGCUGAAUGCCUCUUUCGUGGGAAAUGAGCAACUUUCCGAAGGGUCUAUUUGUGCGAUUAUAAUGCUAGCUCAAAACAGAUACAUAGAUAAAUGACUGUAGGGGAGAGGUAACAUUCAGGGAACGUAUGUACCAAAGCCCUGUAUGCUUUGGCUUCCAAUUUCUUCAAUGGAAAAUCCCGUGAUAUGCUUUACAUAGAAU